AAAGGAUUCCGGAGAAUGAGCAGAACAUUUUCCGAGUGCUCCUAUCCAGAAACAGAGGAGGAGGAGCAGCUCCCGGACAGAGAUUCCUGCCAUAGGUUGGAAAAGAGACCAAGCAGGAGCGAGGCUCCGUCCAAUGCUUUCUUCAAAGGGCAUGCCAGAAAAGAGACUUCUGCCGUGCUAAACAGAAUACAGAAGAUUGAACAGGCAUUAAAAGAACAGCCUGGCAGGGGUCUCCCUCAGUUGCCAAGUAGCUGCUAUAGUGUUGACAGAGGGAGGAAAAAGUCCAUGACGCUGGGUACUGUGGAAGGUUUGAGUGAGAACGUGAGCGAUAGCAAAGGAGGGACUGUUAGUGUUGGGAGGGAUCCAGAAACACCUACUGAGACUGAAAAAAGUAAUAAAAUGAAACAAGGGGCUACCACAGAUUCUGGUAGCCCUAAGUUGAUCCCUGAGAGCCCAGCUAACACAGCAGUGAACCCUGUCCCCAAACCCAAACGCACCUUUGAAUAUGAAGCUGAUAAGAACCACAAAAGUAAACCAAGCAAUGGUCUACCUCCUUCUCCUACACCUGCUGCUCCUCCCCCUCUCCCAUCCACCCCUGCUCCCCCCGUGACCAGGAGACAGAAGAAAGAGUCACGCUUUAACAGAAAGUCCCAAAAUAGAAAAUCCUUUGAGUUUGAAGAUGCUUCAAGCCUGCAGUCUUUGUAUCCUCCCUCCCCCACCGAGAACGGUACAGAAAGCCAGCAUAAGUUUGGAUCCAAGAGCACUUUAGAGGAGAAUGCCUAUGAAGACAUUGUAGAAGGAGAUUCACCCAAGGAAAAUCCAUACGAGGAUGUGGAGCUAAAAGGCCGUCACACAAGCCGAAAAUCCCAGCAGCUCUCUGAGAAUUCCCUAGAUUCUUUGCACAGGAUGUGGACUCCGCACGACAGGAAGUACACAUCGCCUCCCCAGCUACCUUCAAAGCCCAGCAGCCAGUCCCUGCGCAUUGGGAACUGGUCCGAGAGGAAGAGCCAUCGCUUACCACGACUACCCAAGCGACACAGCCAUGAUGACAUGCUGCUUCUGGCUCAGCUUGGUAUCCCCUCCUCCCCUUCCAGUCUGAAUGAGGACAGUCUGAGCACCACAAGUGAGCUGCUGACCACACGCAGGGCCAGGAGGAUCCCUAAGCUUGUACAAAGGAUCAAUUCUAUCUAUAGUGCAAAAAGAGGGAAAAAAAGAUUGAAGAAGCUUUCAGUGUCCAAUAUUGAGACAGCAUCACUGCGAGAUGAGAACAGUGAGAGUGAAAGUGACUCAGAUGACAGGUUUAAAGCUCAUACCCAGCGUCUUGUCCACAUCCAGUCAAUGCUGAAGAGGGCUCCUAGUUACCGCACCCUGGAAUUGGAGCUGAUUGAAUGGCAGGAGCGUGAGCUAUUUGAGUAUUUUGUGGUAGUCUCUCUGAAAAAGAAACCUUCUAAAAAUACUUAUCUCCCAGAAGUGACAUAUCAAUUUCCCAAGCUUGAAAGGCCCACCAAGCAGGUGCGUGAAGCAGAGGAGCGUCUCAAAGCCAUCCCACAGUUCUGCUUUCCUGAUGCCAAGGACUGGAUCCCAGUAUCAGAAUACAACAGUGAGACCUUCUCUUUCAUGCUGACUGGGGAAGAUGGCAGCAGAAGGUUUGGUUAUUGCAGAAGAUUACUGCCAAGUGGAAAAGGUCCACGCCUACCUGAAGUAUAUUGUGUCAUCAGCCGGCUCGGUUGCUUUGACUUAUUUUCCAAGAUCCUGGAUGAGGUUGAAAGGAGAAGGGGCAUCUCUGCUGCCCUGGUUUAUCCAUUUAUGAGGAGUCUGAUGGAGUCUCCUUUUCCUGCACCUGGAAAGACAAUCAAAGUCAAGACUUUUCUGCCUGGAGCUGGAAAUGAGGUGAUAGAGCUUCGGCGUCCAAUGGACUCACGUCUGGAACACGUGGACUUUGAAUGUCUUUUCAAGUGCCUCAGCGUACGACAGAUCAUCAGGAUCUUUGCUUCCCUUCUGCUGGAGCGACGCGUGAUCUUCAUAGCAGAUAAGCUCAACACCCUCUCGAGCUGUUCUCAUGCUGUGGUGGCUCUGCUGUACCCCUUCUCCUGGCAGCACACUUUCAUUCCUGUUCUUCCCUCAUCCAUGAUUGACAUUGUCUGCUGCCCUACUCCGUUCCUGGUUGGACUGCUGUCCAGCUCUCUGCCCAAGCUGAAAGAGCUGCCUGUAGAAGAGGCUUUGAUGGUUAACUUGGGAUCCGAUCGAUUCAUCAGACAGAUGGAUGAUGAAGACACACUAUUACCUAGGAAAUUGCAAGCUGCUCUGGAGCAGGCUCUAGAGAGAAAAAGUGAACUGAUAAAUCAGGAUUCAGAUAGUGAUUCAGAUGAUGAGUGUAACACGCUGAAUGGAUUAGUAUCAGAAGUUUUCAUCCGAUUCUUCGUGGAAACUGUUGGCCACUAUUCCCUGUUCUUAACUCAGAAUGAAAAAGGAGAGCGUGUCUUCCAAAGGGAUGCUUUCCGCAAAUCUGUAGCUUCCAAGAGUAUCCGUCGCUUCCUGGAGGUCUUUAUGGAAUCCCAAAUGUUUGCUGGGUUUAUACAGGACAGAGAACUGAGAAAAUGCAGGGCAAAAGGUCUCUUUGAACAGAGGGUUGAACAGUAUUUGGAAGAGCUUCCAGACACUGAACAAAGUGGAGUAAACAAAUUCCUGCGAGGUCUUGGAAAUAAAAUGAAGUUCCUUCACAAGAAGAAUUAACUCCUUUCUACUGACACAUCAAUCCAAAGACUAUUUAUGACACUGUGCUUGAGACACUUACAACCUUUCAGAUUCUGGUGCGGGAGGAGAAUAAGAUAAGCUGAAUACAGCUUUAAGUGACUGCAAAUGCCAUUUGACAAUGUGCCAGCAAAAAAAAAAAAAAGUUUAUAAUGACUCCUCUUUAUGUAUUUGGACAGAAUUUGUAAAUAAUGUGCUGUAAGCUUUCUUUUUUAAUGAGCAAGAAAAACUGUGGUAAAUAUUUGUAUAUUCCUGAGAAUAACAGGUGCUUCUUUCUCUAGUAUGAAUUGAGUUAUGCUUGGUGCAAAAUGAAUAGCUAAUUAUGUGCAGCUGACUGUCUCAGCAGAACCACUGACUUCGAAGGAUGUUUGUGAGAACAACACUGAUGCCUGAAUAUUGUAAUAGUGAAUGAACUCCAGGGUAUAGAGGGAGAGGUUGUAUGCAAGGGGACUGGUUUUAUGUGACAGAGUUUAUAAUUUUCUCUUGUUUUCCUACUAAUCCAUUCAAAAAGACAGAAAUAACAGGUAACUUUGUAAUAAGCUACUUGGUUCACAACAGAAUUUCCACUUGGUUUGAACUAUGGUCAGUAAAUUGUUUUUUAAUGCAUUCUGCACUAUGACUGCUAAAUAUGAGGAAAUCUCAGUUCUUUGACAUGCAAGCUGCAAUAAUUAGGUACAGUACAUCCUUUCCUAAUAUAUGUAUGUAUGGUUUUUAAUAAACUGUGUAAAUAUA